GAAAUGUUCAUCAGCGGUACAGUCGACAUGACCCAACAAGCUUCUGCUAAGGUGCUAUCAUUGGGUCUCGGAGGAGGAAAUUUGAAUUCAUAUCUGCACCAUAACUAUCCUAAUAUGAACAUAACAGUUGUCGAAUACGAUCCCCAAAUGCUGAACAUUUCAAAGAGAUGGUUCAAUCUGAAAUUAGACAACAUGCACCGAGUGAUUUUAGCGGAUGGUUUAGAUUUUUUGAAGCAGACGGCAACAAAAGGUACGUCUGACAACAUUUUGACUCUUGGCAUAACUUCUGAAAUGGUUUACAAGGCUGAUCCAUUUGACUUACUAGAUAAGGAUGCAAGCUAUGCUUAUAAAGCAAUUUGUGAGAAAUACGAUGUCAUACUUUUGGAUGCAUGUGGACCAGAUAACGCGCCACUGUUCAUCUGCCCUGCUGAUGCAUUUGUGGGGAUCAAUAUGGCAAAGAAUUUUAGUAAACUCUUGAAUAGAAAUGGUGCGCUUAUAGUGAACAUCCUCAGUUCUCAACAUAGAUAUGAUGAAGCUGCUAGAGAGUUGCUACGCAUAUACAAAUCGGUUUUCAAGAACUGUAUCUUAAAGAAAUCACAUAGCAUAUCCAACCUGGUGAUGACAUGCAUGCAUCAUCCCACACCAAAAGAUCUAGGAUCAAAGUAUGAAAAAUUUGCCAACUAUGCAAAAUAUUGUGGAACAGUCAGUGAACCGUGGUCGACAUGA